CUGUCAGUGGAAUCCUUCUUACGGAAGGUUUUCACACUGCUUUGGGAUGAACAUUUCUGUGAAUGGAUGAAGGAUGAGAGCAUCCUCUCCAAUUCACAAAAUGGAUUCCAACAUGGAUUCCAAAGUCUGAACAACCCUUUCAUACUGCGAUAUGCCAUAGAAACUGCUUUGGAUGCCAGAAAACCCUUGUACAUUGUCCUUCCUGACCUUACCAAUGCUUUCCCUUCCACCAAUCACUCUUCUUUAUGA